GCCUGCGACUAGACUCCUUUCCUGGUUGCGUAGAGGGCUGUUGCCUGGGACAGUGAUCUGGCAAGGAGCCUGACAAAAAGGAGCAUCACACAAUGCUUAAACAGAAACUUAGCCCUAUUGGAGAAGGAGAAGCCAUGGGUCCAUCACCAAAGAAAAGGAACACUGCGAACAUGGCGACAAAUCAAGCUCUUGAAGCUUCCGCCAAUGUGAAGGGAGAAGUCUUCAUUCUAGCUCACACUGUCACAGAGCAGACAGGUAUUUUCUGCUCGGUCUCCAUCCCAUCUCUACCACUUCCUGACAAUGGCUCUCAACCCUGCAGCCAAGGAGCUCCUGUCAACCAGGAUGCCCAGGAGGGGGUGAUGGAGGGUGAUUCCAAGUCCCCUGAAGUCUACCCGCAGGAGCGUGAUGAAGUGCAGUUUAAGCCUGCGGCAGUAAAUGCCACUCUCCCUGCUCUGGAAGAUUCUCUGCCUGAUGAGAUUCUUAAUGACGAAGAUGGUGAUGACGACGCAGGUGCAGGGGCAAGUGCCAGCCAUGACAACUCUGAAAGCACCGAAGAUGACACAGAAAUAACGUCUGUGGAAAUUUCCCACUUCAUUGUGAACCCGGUGGAUCCAGAAGUCAUUAAUUAUGGAAUAAAACAUGCCCUGAUGUCAGAAAUCCGUCGCUAUGGACGCCAAUAUGGAAGGAUUUUCAAGCUGUUGGAUGAAGUGCGGGGACCCCUGGAUAUCCGCCUGCAUUUCGUUAGGUUCGCCAUCAAGGAAGCAGCAAGGUUUAAAAGAUACCACCUAAUAUAUUAUCUCGAGAAGUUACUGGAAAAAAUGAUGUCAGACAGCACCAUCAGGAACGUCGAUCUAAACUCAAGCACCUGAUGCUGUUUUUACAAUGAUCAACAAUAUGCAGCAAAUAGUUUAGCCCUGAAUAUAGUAGGGGAAUGCUGAAGCUGCCUUGCACCUGUUAUUAAGAGAAUUAAAGAAAGCUGUUUUAAACUACUCUUAAUAAAAGAUGAGC